CGCUCAGCGGGCGCAGAGCCGCAGAGCGGCCCCGGAGGGGCUCGGCGCGGGCUGACCCUUCCCGCGGCCCGUCGCUCGGAGUCGCGGCUGGGUAGUGACGUGCGAGAGGCUCCGCCCCAGCCUGGCACCGCCCGAGAGACUCGACCCCGCGGGGACGGAGGUUGGACGCGCCCGGAGCCAGCGCCAUGUGGGCCGCCGCCGCCGGCAGAGCUACUAAGAUGCUGGAAAGGAAUGUUCCCUCAAUUCUGAGACCAACUAAACGAAUGGAUCUGAAGAUCAAGAGAGGUUUUUGCAGUAAAUCACAGGAGGGGAGCAAACAAAAGCCUGAAGUAGGGGGGCAUUCCACCUUCAAAGUGCCAGGACACAAGCCCUCAGACUGGGAAAAGAAGGUUCUGCUGUGGGCAGGCCGUUUCAAAAAAGUAGAUGAUAUACCAGAGACUGUCUCGUUUGAGCUGAUCGAUGCGGCGCGAAAUAAAUUGCGUGUGAAGAUCAGCUACCUGAUGAUUGCCCUGACAAUACUGGGAUGCAUCAUGAUGGUCAUUGAAGGAAAGCGGGUUCAAAUCAAGAUUGAGGUAAAGUAGCUUUUAAACUGAAUAAGUUCCUGUUAACUAAGAUUGUAGGACACUACCUGUGUCUACCAUAUUUAAAGGAUUCAUGCUGCCUUUCAACUUCUAGGUGCAUACAGACAUAAAGCAGACCAACAUUCAAGCCUCUUAAACAGCACUCAAUCUAUACAGUCUUCAUAAAUGUAGUUUUACAUAGUUAGGAGUGUUAGUCAGAUCCUGGAACUAAUAUCCUUCAUUGGUAAGUAGGUUAAUAGAUCUAUCAGGAUGGAGACCUUGGUGAAUUGGCAUGGAAGUAGCUGACCAAAUUAUCUUUGACUUUUGCUUUGACUCCCCGCACCAUGUUAGCAACACUGGAGUUGAUAACCAAUUGGCACAAGUAAGGCCCUAUUCUGAGGGGCUCUUUUUCAAAAAUCUAACCAAAGUCACCUUCCCACAAUAGAAAAUAACACUUAUACUCACUAUCGUGGUUGUGAGAUUUAAUUCUGAACACCUAAAUGUUUGUUUUCACCAAUUUUCUAGCUUGUUAGCUAAAUCAUAGUUCAAUAUUCAUUUUAUAGCCCCUACCAAGGGAGGCAGUAGGUGGACUGUGACCCAAACCUGUAUCGCCAGGUGCUUUUCAGUGGACUGUGGGGGCAGAGGUGAUGCACGGACAGGGCAUGCAGGGGUCGCAAUUCCCCUCCCCCCGCGAUUGCUCCGGAUGCCUCUGGAGGAUAUGCCCAGAAGUGAGGAGACAUCAUGCCCCGGCAGCUGUGUGUCCGUGCAGCAGAGUGGCUGGCUGAGCUCUUCCUCCCCCCAAACUACAUGUCGUCUCUGCACUCGGGCUGAAGCCGAGCUGGGGCUGAAGCCAUGCAGAGCCGUGUGUGUGUGUGGCUGGAGAUCGAUUGGAGCACACCCUCCCGCCACCCCCAAGCAGUCCCCGAAGCCCACCCUCCCCAACCUCAUGCUUCCCCCACCCAUGAACAGUCCCCAGAGCCCCCCACGCUGGCCUCAUGUCCUCCCAAUCUCUCAUCCCCAGAGCCCUCUCCAGCUGCCCUGCCCCCACUGGCCUCUUUCCCUCCCCAGUCCACCUCCAGUCACCUACCUGUGCCGCAUCCUGUCCUCCCCACGUCUCCCCAGGGCUUCUCUCUGGAGUCUUCUUGCUGGUUCCUGCCACCCAGAACCUCCUUCCUACCCCUCUGCUGUCCCAGCCCCCAAAGGGGCAUCACAUAGCUAGCUGGAUAAUAGUCCAGCAGCUUCACCUUCUGGCUCCAAGCUCAGAAGUACUCACAUACACGCACCCUGCUUUGCUGACCAGAUCCCAGCCCAUACCCAUUCCUCUCCCCCUCCUCCUUCCCCCCAUCUCUGUUACUUGACUCAGUUGGGGGCAUGGAAGAAUGUUUUCUGGGGGAGGGGGGCAAUCAGCAAUGCUAGGGAGCUCAGGUCAGCCCCAUGGAUCCCAUUUUCAGUUUAGGCAAAUAAGGUCACCUUACUUUCUGGGCAGGGAGCUGGCAGGUGAUGGGGAAGCUUGGGAGAGCAAUCAUGGGGGCGAGGGGAGGGCAGGGGAGCUGGGUAUGGGGGGGGUCGGUCUGGACCUUGACUAUACCAUUACCAAGAAAUUUGGACCUUGACAAAAAAUAAUUGACGACCACUGUUCUAUAGUAUUAGUUGCUUCUGUUAACAAUACUCAGUAAAACUCUCCAAAAAUUAAAAUUCAGCUUUCAGGUCAGCUUCUUUAGUUAAGCAAUUAAAAGAUCCCUAAGAACAGUGGUUCAGAUAUGCUUACACCAACCAAAGGCAGUUUCAACCCUAGAGGUGAACAUUUGGGAGAGUUAUGAGUGAGUGGGAAGGGGGAUUAGAAUGGAAGCUGUUCUUAACUGUAGCAGCAGUUGCUACUAGAAUAUGGUCUAUCUACCUUUACUUUAUUUCCGAAUUCUCCUGGCUUUCAACGAAGAAAGAAGUUUAUUACCAUUGAACAGAAAAAGGGAAAGCAUCUGCCAGAGCCAUCAGUAUAUUGGCUUAAUUCAGCCCUAAGGAAAUAACUAACUUAAACCAAAAGAAUUCCAGGAUUUUGUGCCUUCAGAGUUUAUUUUAACCCUCUAGCUCUUCCUAGCAUUAAAGCUGGCAUAUUACAAAAGAGUAUCUAGGCAUGAGAGCUGUAUCUCUGUAAGGGAGCAUUCUUCAGAGGUAUAGCUCAGACUACCAGAUGGUUUGUUCAUUGCUUGUUCAAACUUCAUCUCUACAGUACCAUAAGUAACAUGUUUGCUCUCCCUUUAUCAUACUAUUGUAGGCUGUCGGAAGGCAUGAAUCCCUUACAACCCAAAACAUGGA